UGCAGAUAAACUGCGUCGGACAUGGAGCAGCAGAACCAGGAGAAGAGGAGAGGCAGUACUACAUGUCUAGUUUGUGGCCGUCAAGGUGGCAACACUGUAGUUGUCACUAGUGUUCAUAGUUUUGUUUCUGCUUCAGGAACUCCUUUGUCAGAUUUCCUUGUAAAGGUUGUGGGAGAAGAUCCAUGUUACUCUGUAAGUGAAGUCAUCUGUCAGCAGUGUUUUGUACUUCUGGACCGUUUGGAUGCUUAUCAGGCUCGGGCUGCCGAGAUUCACACCCAUGUCACUUCAAGAUACCGUGACACUAAACUUGAGUUGUUGGGUCAGAGACAACGAAUGAGUGAGCUAAUAGCAUCAUCAUUGUCUAAUGUCCAGGAACUGCGCCAUGGAACAACUCUCAAUGUCAGUGAUGAACUUACUAUAACUAUAGUUCAUGAAGCAAUGCCAAAAAGGAGAAGACACUAUAGAUUACAAAAUAGUGCUGCACUGAACCAUGUGAAAUCAUCAAAAAAUGCUCAGAAUACAGUUAAGUCCAUGAAUGGCAGGAGCAGUGCUAUAAGUCAAUACAUGUCGCCUAAAUUCAAAAGAAAGCGGACAGAUGAAUCGUUUGAUCAUAGAUCUUUUAUGGGGAAAAAGAAAAGGAAGCUAUUUUCAGGUGGAACUGAUGCCUUAAGUAACAAUAACAAUAUAUGCUAUGACAAAAAUGUGAAAAGGCUUGAUGGCAACCAAGGACAUUACUGA